UUUACAAGCACUUGCCUCAGAAUUGAACUGGUGGAAUCAGGGCUGGUGUUCCUGCAUUGUUGGCACAAGGUGCAGGCCAAAUAAUGCGUUUCCUCCAGGCACCAACCUUGGAGGAUGAAAAAUCCCUGUCCAAGUUAGUCAAAUGUAUGGCUUUCCAUUAAAAAAACCAAAAGGUCAGAAUCAAUGAUUCAUGUAAUGUUAGGCAUAUUUUUGUGCAUUCUUGGAAAUUAAUAGCCUGCUUUUCUUCUAUAUUAAUCAGGCCUAAUUGCAUCCUGUGGAACUCAUCAUUCAAAAUGAUUCUCCAGUUGGACAUUUAUUUGCUUGUAUGAUUUGGGUCAUCAAUUCUCCCAGUAGCCAAUAGAGAAUCCCUGAUGGGGUUGUACAUGAAGAUACAGAGAGUCUGUCUUUAUCAUGAUCUCUAUAUUCUCUUAUAUUUGUACAAUUCGCAGUGGGGGUGAUGUGCCAACUGCAGAGUAGGUGUUUGCUCUUUGCAUAUAAACCAUAUUAACUUAACAGCCUGAUAGGGAGGACCUGAUCAAUGCUAAUUUUUUCUGUUGAAGCAUUCUGGUCUCUGGCAACUGGUAAAGUGUCUUCAUCAGAGGAGAGUUGACCUGUUCCACCUUGCUUCUCAAGCUGUCCCAAAGAUGGAGAUGGAGAUGGACUUUGUGGAAAAGGAUUAGUGGCAUAUGAUCCGCUGGAUCCAAAUGGGAACAUAACGAUCAAAUGGGAUGUUAUGUCUUGGACCUCAGAUGGUUAUGUGGCAGUGCUGACAAUGAGCAACUUCCAAAUGUAUCGGCACAUCAUGAGCCCUGGUUGGACCUUAGGGUGGACAUGGGCUAAGAAAGAAGUGAUCUGGUCUAUGGUGGGAGCCCAAGCUACUGAACAAGGAGACUGUUCAAAGUUCAAAGGGAACAUCCCACACUGUUGUAAGAGGAAUCCCACAGUGAUUGACUUGCUGCCUGGAGUCCCUUACAACCAACAAAUUGCCAAUUGUUGCAAGGGAGGCGUUGUGGCAUCAUGGGGCCAAGACUCGUCUGCUGCAGUCUCAUCCUUUCAACUGAGUGUGGGGCUUUCUGGCACGUCAAAUAAAACAGUAAGACUGCCCAAGAAUUUUACUUUGCUUGGUCCAGGACCUGGCUACACUUGUGGCCAAGCAAAAACUGUGCCAUCCUCCAUCUUCCUCUCUUCAGAUGGCCGGAGAAAAACUCAGGCAUUGAUGACAUGGAAUGUUACAUGUAGUUACUCACAGAUGGUGGUCUCCAAGUACCCAAACUGCUGUGUCUCCUUCUCAUCUUUUUACAACUCAGCAAUCACCCCUUGUACAUCCUGUGCCUGUGGUUGCCAGAACAAAACCAACUGCAUCAUGAGUGAUACAAAAAUUGAGAGCGUGGUGGGACUACACACUCCAACAAAGGAUAAUAUGCCGCUGCUGCAGUGUACUCAACACAAUUGCCCAGUCCGGGUGCACUGGCAUGUGAAGGUCAAUUACAAGGAGUAUUGGCGUGUGAAGAUUACCAUCACUAAUUUUAACUACAGAAUGAACUACACGCAGUGGACGCUGGUUGCUCAGCAUCCCAAUCUGAAUAAUAUCACACAAGUUUUCAGCUUUGCUUACAAGCCACUCAUUCCAUACACGUCCAUAAAUGACUCAGGUAUGUUUUACGGCAUAAAGUUCUAUAAUGAUGUGCUAAUGGAAGAUGGGCCAGAUGGAAAUGUCCAGUCUGAAAUGAUUCUUCAGAAGGACAAGAACACAUUCACAUUGAAGGAGGGUUGGGCUUUCCCUCAGAGAAUUUACUUCAAUGGUGAUGAAUGCAUGAUGCCCCUUCCUGACUCGUACCCUUUGUUGGCGGGCUCCGCCCCUGCAAAUCAAAUUGCAUCAUCAACACUGGCUUCCCUAGUACUUUUGAUAUUGCUAGCAUUUCAGUGAUCAUUCUACUAGAGAUUGAAAGGAUUCAAAGAGGGAAAUGUUUCCUGAGCGAUUUCAGAUAUGACAUUAUCAGGCAUGUAAUCAGCAAAUAUAUAUAUAUACAUAUUGUUCAAGGAGAGGAUAUGUUCUAUGUAAGAUUGUCCAUAACUACUGUAAUGGCUUGUACUAGCUGUUGCCGCAUUGUUCCUUGAUUGAGGUAUUAUCUAGCAUACAUCAUCAACUAA